AUGUACUCUUUCGAGCCUUUCGGUCCUGGUGGUAACCGCCAACGUUGCUCCGCUCUCGAAGAAUUGCACUCAAGAGUCUGCCAAUUCUCGCACGCAGCUUCGUUCAUCUUCGUCUUCGUCGUCUUCGUCGUCGUCGUCGUCGAAAACCAGUACAAGCCAUUCACAUUUGGUGUCGAGGACAGAGGUUAUGAGGGAUUGAGACCGAAGUGCGAAACGACGAGGAGUUUUCAGGGGUUCAAAGCUGGCUUCCUCGGUCACCUUUUGGGUUACAUUUUGGGGUCAGAAGUGGACAGAGGCGGACAACGAUCUCAGAAGAAUACAGUACUGGGCUUUGGGCUGGAAGACGCAGCAUUUGAUCUCGACCUAAGGGUCCGUCUUGACAAAGUCGCCGAGGGACAUGUGGUAUAUGGCGAUGAAGUCUUUGCGGGCAGCCCAAGGGCUGCUCUCAACCCAGCGCCUGCAGUCGGCUGGGCCAACGAGGCCGUCUUUGGGCGUCAGAGGGCUGGCUAA